CAUGGCCCGGCCCACAUCAGGAACCGGCCUUUCCAAGUCUUUCUUCUGCAGCUAUCCCAGCCCCGAGGAGGUAUAUAAACCCUCCCUGCUGCAUCGGCUGAGAAACACCAGCUGAGAUGAAGUCUUUCCUGACGGUGCUCCUGGCUACAGUCCUGUACGCAGAACAAGCUCAUGCGCUGAUAUGUUAUAUGUGCAACGCGCAGACCAGCAAUGACUUGUGCAUGGUGCCUGACGACUGCCCGGACGAUGCCAAAUACUGCAGCACCACCGUCAGCAUGAACCCCCCUGGCUCUUCCAGUGGGAUACACAUCACCAAGAUGUGCAUGAGAAUGUGUCAAGAAACCAGCCAAAGCCACGGAAACAUGUCCACCACUUGCUGCCAGACUGACUAUUGCAAUCAUAACAGUGCGGCCACCUCUGGGAUCAGCUCUGCUGUGCUGGUGGCUGCCUUCCUGGCCAGCUCCCUCCAUCUCCUGUCCUGGGCUGGACCCUGAUGCACUGGGGAAUUGCAGGGGUUGGGCCCUGAAGGGGAUGUUUGAGCAUCUUAAAUAGCAAGACCCUGUUUGCAAAGA